AUGGCACUAGGUCAUUUUAAAAAGCAAUGCACUCAAAUUAAAGAAACAUGUCGUACAUGUGGAAAUCAAGUUGACGAUAUGAAAAAUCAUAGAUGUUCUAAAGUAGAAAAAUGUGUCCAUUGUGAACAAAAUCGUAAAUGUAGUUCACUCAAGUGUCAGGUGGUAAAAUCUUUUCGUGCUGAAUUAACUCGUAAAAUUUUUCAAGUUAAUAAUCGAUCAUCAUCGGACUCUCGAUUAUUGAAUAAAAAUGUCAUUUUUAAUUCAACUAAUUUCCCACCUCUUCCAGUACCAAAAUCUUCAACAUUAUUAUUAAAUCCUAUGAUGGUCAAGCUUGAUGAGUUAAUUAAUAAAUUAUCAGAAGUGAAGGAUCGUCUUGAUAAUUUUGAAGCUAAACAUGAUAAAUUUGAACAAUUUAUAUUCGAUAAAAAUCGUUAUGAUGAAACAGUUAUUAAAAACAUGAAUGAUGUCUAUAAUAAUUAUAUGAUCUUAAAAAAAGAUGUUGUUCAACAGAAUUUAUUUAUUGAAAGACAUGAAAAUUUAUUUUUCAAAUUGUUAAUUCCUAUGCUUGAAGAUGUAUUAACAUUUAUCUCGUCACAAAAUCAAAACCAGAAAGGUAAUCCAUUAGAUGCAGAUUUUAAAUGCCGAAUUAAUCGCUAUUUUAUUCAAAUAAAGAAAGCUACUGAAGGUAAACCAUUUUCAAGCUAA